AAGUCGGCUCCGACCGGAACAGAGCAAAGCGUAGCUGCUACACGAAAGCAGAAGAUAAAAAAAGAACAAAACGCCAGAGAAGAAGACGAGACCACGAAACGAAGAGAGAGAGAGAGAGAGAGAGAGAGAGAGAGGGGAGUGCCAGUUCCAAUCCAAGCAUGAGGGCGUCGAUUAACCGGCCGCCGACGCCGAACCAGGAGGAGGAGGAUAAGGAAGGGAAGGAGGCUUCUCUCAGAGAAAUCAUCAACCUCAAGCUGGUAGAGAGUGGCGAGAAGGAGAGGCUGAUGGAGCUUCUCCGGGAGCGGCUCAUCGAGUGCGGCUGGAGGGAUGACAUGAAGGCUCUUUGCAGGGCCUAUGCAAGGAAGAAAGGAAGAAACAAUGUAACAGUAGAUGAUCUUAUUCAUGUUAUUACUCCGAAAGGGAGAGCCUCAGUGCCUGAUCCGGUGAAGGCAGAGCUGCUUCAACGCAUCCGAUCCUUUCUCAUGUCUUCCUCGCUUUGGUAGUCCAUCCAUGAUACUGAUCAGAAGUUACAUGUAUGAAAUUAAAACAUUGAUCCUUGCGAGGGGCAAAGCUGCAAGAAAACAACACAUCCAGGAAUAUCAACAUAAAAUGGAUGGGCUGAUCUCUCUGAUGCUAUUUCUAGGUCAGGCAGGCUUGCCUGUUCUCCGGCCGUACCCUUACCAUACUGUAUUCUCAAUGCCAACCUAACGGCUUGUAAUGCUACAUUGUGCUGUCGCUUCGGCCCCGCUUGGUGAUCCUAAUUAGAGGACUCGAUUAUCAAUACAUCUGUAGUACUUAUGUCGAACCUGAUCAGAGAUAUGGUGAUCCUCAAUGGGUCCCAUCGGGAACAGUCACUGCUUUGUCAAUUUGGUGUGGAGGCCACGUAAUAUUUUCUGUACUCCUUUGAUCGUA